AUGCCUUUUCCUUCCAUGCCUCACUUUCUUUCUUUCUUUCUUUCUUUCUUUCUUUCUUUCUUUCUUUCUUUCUAUUCCUCCACACUCCAUAACGCCUUCUCACUCAAUUCUACAUUAUUCCUCUCCUGGAUCAAACAUAUUAACAAAAAAUUUCUCCACGAAAUUUCUUUCUUUCUUUCAUUCUUUCUUUCUUUCUUUCUUUCGUUCUUUCUUUCGUUCUUUCUUUUAAUUUCAUCUAUCUCUUUCUUUGUUUUUUCUUUUCUUUCUUUCUUAAAAUCAUUUUCUUUCAUUUUCUCCACUUUCAUUCUUUCAGUUUUCUGUCACUCUUACUUUUAUUUCAUUCUUCUUUCAUUUUUCUUUCUUUCUUUCAUUCUUUUUAAAUUUUCUUUCAUUCUUCAUAUUCUUUCUUGCUUUCCGUUUCCUUGGUCUUUCUCUCUCUUCUUUCUUUCUUUCUUUCUUUCUUUCUUUUUUUCUUUCUUUCUUUCUUUCUUUUUGUUCUCCACCGCUCUUUAUUUUACUAACGCCUUCACCUUCCAUUCCUCCCUUUCUUUCUUUUUAAUAUUUUCCAGCUAUUUCUUUCUUUAUUUCUUUCUUUCUUUAUAUUCUCCAAUUGUCUUUAUUUUAGCAACGCCUUCACUUUUCAUUCGUCACUUUUUUCUUUCUUUCUUUCUUUUUAAUAUUUUCCAACUAUUUUUUCUUUCUUUCUUCUUUCUUUCCUUCUUUCUUUUUUUAAUACUUUCUUACUGUAAGGAUUUUUGCAUGUUGGCGAAUCUUCUGACUCCAAGAUAUCAAAUAUUUACUAUUUUUUCAAAUUUAUACUAUUUUUCUUUCUUUCCUUCUUUCUUUAUUUCUUUCUUUCUUUCUUUUUAA